CCGCACAUCCGUCGGUGGGCUGACGUGACACUCGCGCGACGCAUUCUCUGUCGAUCCGUCUCGCAAUGCAUCCUUUCGGUCCGUCGCUGCUGCUGCUGCUAUCGUUCGCUACGGUGAACGGUGCGUUUCUAUCCAAUCUAAACGCCACCUGCUUCCGGUGCAUCUGCGACGCUUCCACCGGUUGCAGCACGUCCACCACCUGCAGACAGUCGUACUGUGGUCCGUUCUCCAUCUCGCGCGCCUACUGGAUGGAUGCGGGCAGGGUGGUCCUGCCGGCGGACGAACCGACCCGCUGGGGUGCGUUCGAGGACUGCGCGAACGAUUACGACUGCGCGACCGGCAUCGUGACGCAGUACAUGGAAAAGUACGGCACCGACUGCAACGGGGACGGGCUGGUGGACUGCGUCGACUACACGAUGCUGCACGUGAACGGUGGGCCGCGCUGCCAGGGUGCGCUCGGUGGCACGUUCGCCAGCCGGUUCUACCAGUGUUUGCGCGAGGGUAAGCGCGAUUCGAGUCGAACUUUCGGAUAGUACUAGCCCAGAAU